AUGGAUGGACAGAAGGACGGCGUCUCUAUAUCCCUACCAAACUUUGUUGUUGGGUAAUUUAUACAUAAUACAAACAUCAUAUAUAAGCCUGUCACUGAUGAGAUCAGUUAGAAAAGCACACCUGAAAGCUGAAGAGUGAUCAAACAUCAUGAUGAAGACUAAGCUCAGCAUACUCAUAUACUUGUUCUUUACAUCUUCAAUGGUUGAAGGAAUAUCCAGAGAGAAAAGAGGCCUAGAAGACCUAGGAAACUAUGGAAAUUGGUGUGGAGCAGAAAAUACAGGGAUAGGAAAAGUGGCAAACUGUGACUGUGACUUCAACAAUCCAUUGCUUGCUGAACAAAAAUGCAGGGCAGCACUUCCACCUAUAGAUGCACUAGACGAUGUGUGCUUAAAGCAUGACAAUUGUGUGCAAUGUGAUGGGCUGAAUAAGUUACUACACACAUGUGAAUGUGAAAGAGACAUUGCCGAAGGAGCAAAGUCGGUAACCUGUGGUGGAACUUGUGCUGUAUAUAAAACAGCUGUCAUUGGCCUUUUCACUGUUAUGCCAUGUCUGUGCACAAAAGAGUCUCGGAAGUGUGGCAUUAAAUGGUGUCGUGGUUGGUGGGGGAUCCCAUACCCAUGUGGAUGGAAGACAUGUCAUGUUAGGGUUGUUGGCUAUAAAUCCUGUUUUAAAUAAAGUUUCUUUAGAAGAUUUUGCACAUUCAAAUGCACAGAGGACUCACAUUCAAAUACUGUGUACAAUUUGCUAUUAACUUCAAUUUCUUUCCAGCUUUAAAAAAUCUACUCAAGUUGAUUUUCUCUUUGAAGGAUCACAAUUUUAAGAUUUAACUUCAAUGAGCAAGUCAACAAGUCAUAUGCUAUGUGAGUUAGAUAUAACUCCAAUUGAAAUAAUUGACAAAUCAAGAA